UGGAUACUAUUGGAGGUGAUUGCAGCUCCGUGCGCGCGCCCGCACGCUCCAUCGUCACAACACACACCGGAAAACAGCUGAUGUCAUUGAGAGAACGACACACUGCCACCGAUAACCGGGAAUAUACACCCUUAUCGCGUAACCCUGUAGCAUCACACUCCCCUUGUCUAUCUCUGGCUGGUCUCUCUGCCCCCCUCUGACCUGGGGAUGAAUGCACCAAUGAGGAGCCAGCUCACAGGUAUGCCUGAUCGCAUGUUAUGUGCAGUGCUGGAGCAAUUUCAGCUUUACUUUUCCCUUUGAUCCACUCUCUGUAUAGUACAGCCAGCCCCAGCAUGCUGAAGAGGAAGCAGAGCUCGAGGGUUGAGGCCCAGCCCAUGACUGACUUUGGGCCCGACGAAACCCUCGCCGACAGCGCCGACAUCUUCUGGAUCAACAAACCAUGGGUGCACUCUCUGCUGCGAGCCUGUGCCAUCAUCAGCGUCAUCAGCGUGUGUAUGAACACACCCAAGACGUUCGAGCACUACCCCCCGCUGCAGUACGUGACCUUUACCCUGGACACGUUGCUCAUGUUCCUCUACACCGCUGAGAUGAUCGCCAAGAUGCACAUCAGAGGAAUCAUCAAGGGUGAUAACUCGUACGUCAAGGAUCGCUGGUGUAUGUUUGACGGCUUCAUGGUCUUCUUCCUCUGGGUGUCUCUGGUGCUUCAGGUGUUUGAGAUAGCGGAUGUUGUUGACCAGAUGUCUCCCUGGGGCAUGUUGAGAAUCCCCAGAGCCCUCAUCAUGAUCCGAGCCUUCAGGAUCUACUUCCGCUUCGAGCUGCCACGCUCACGCAUCACCAACAUCCUCAAGCGAUCAGGGGAACAGAUCUGGAGUGUGUCGAUAUUCUUGCUCUUCUUCCUCCUUCUGUAUGGAAUUCUGGGAGUUCAGAUGUUCGGAACGUUCAAUCAUCACUGUGUUACCAACGACACAACGAAUGGUACUGUGACAUGGAACAGCCUGGCCAUCCCCGACACCCACUGUUCGCCAGACGGGGAGGGAUACCUGUGUCCUUUGGGCUUUAAGUGUGUGGACUUGGAAGAACUGGGGCUCAGCAGACAGGAGCUGGGCUACAGCGGCUUCAACGAGCUCGGUACCAGUAUCUUCACCGUGUACGAGGCAGCCUCUCAGGAGGGCUGGGUGUUCCUUAUGUACAGAGCCAUCGACAGUUUCCCUCGCUGGCGCUCCUACUUCUACUUCAUCACGCUCAUCUUCUUCCUCGCCUGGCUUGUCAAGAAUGUUUUCAUUGCGGUCAUCAUUGAAACGUUUGCUGAGAUCAGAGUUCAGUUCCAGCAGAUGUGGGGGUCCCGAAGCAGCACCACCUCUACUGCUACCACACAGAUGUUCCACGAGGACUCGGCUGGAGGAUGGCAGCUUGUUGCUGUGGACGUCAACAAACCACAUGGCCGCGCACCAGCCUGCCUCCAGCAACUGAUGCGCUCCUCCAUCUUCCACAUGUUCAUUCUGACUAUGGUUGCCGUAGACGUAAUCGUUGCCGCAAGCAACUACUACAAGGGCGAGAACCACCAAAGGCACUAUGACGAGUUCUACCUGGCUGAGGUUGCCUUUACAGUGCUGUUUGACCUGGAGGCUAUGCUUAAGGUCUGGUGUCUGGGCUUCACGGGCUACAUCAUCUCCUCUCUGCACAAGUUUGAGUUGCUGCUGGUGGUGGGGACCACCCUGCACAUCUACCCUGACCUCUACCACUCCCAGUUCACCUACUUCCAGGUACUGCGAGUGGUGCGUCUGAUAAAGAUCUCCCCGGCACUAGAGGACUUUGUGUACAAGAUAUUUGGUCCCGGUAAGAAGCUGGGCAGCUUGGUGGUGUUCACAGCGAGCCUGCUCAUAGUCAUGUCAGCCAUCAGUCUACAGAUGUUCUGCUUCGUGGAGGAACUGGACCGAUUCACCACCUUUCCCAGAGCAUUCAUGUCUAUGUUCCAGAUCUUAACCCAGGAGGGUUGGGUGGAUGUGAUGGACCAAACUCUUGUGGCUGUUGGUCAAAUGUGGGCUCCUGUAGUGGCGAUCUACUUCAUCCUCUACCAUCUGUUUGCUACUCUGAUUCUGCUCAGUCUUUUCGUGGCUGUCAUCCUUGAUAAUCUAGAGUUGGAUGAAGACUUGAAGAAACUCAAACAACUGAAGCAAAGUGAGGCAAACGCAGAUACCAAAGAGAAGCUGCCGCUACGUCUAAGGAUCUUUGAGAAGUUUCCUAAUCGGCCCCAGAUGGUCAAGAUCUCCAAGCUGCCUUCUGAUUUCACUGUGCCCAGAAUCAGGGAGAGUUUCAUGAAGCAGUUCAUCGAUCGGCAGCAGCAGGACACCAGCUGUCUGUUCCGCCGCCUUCCUUCCGCAUCCUCCUCUUCCUGUGACCAUUCCAAGCGAUCCGCCAUAGAAGACAACAAAUACAUCGACCAGAAGCUCCGCAGGUCAAUAUUCAGCAUCAGAGCUCGCAACCUCCUGGAGAAGGAAACUACUAUCAACAAAAUCCUCCGGGCUUGUACCAGACAGCGUAUGCUGAGUGGAUCCUUUGAGGGCCAACCACUGAAAGAGCGCUCCAUCCUCAGUGUCCAACACCAUAUACGCCAAGAACGCAGGUCUCUGAGACAUGGCUCCACUAGUCAGAGGAUCAGCAGAGGAAAGUCCCUGGAGACACUCACACAAGAUCGAGAGUCAGAGCAGAGAUCGCACUGGCACCAGCAUUCCAGUACAGUGCGUUAUCGUAACGCCCAGCGAGAAGAUAGUGAGAUCAAGAUGAUCCAGGAGAAGAAGGAGCAGGCCGAGAUGAAGCGCAAGGUCCAGGAAGAGGAACUGAGGGAGAACCAUCCUUACUUUGACAAACCUCUCUUCAUUGUGGGGAGAGAGCACCGCUUCAGAAACUUCUGUAGGACUGUCGUGCGGGCACGCUUCAAUGCAUCCAAGACAGAUCCGAUAACAGGAGCGGUGAACUCCAAAUACCACCAGCUUUAUGAUCUCCUGGGGCUGGUCACCUAUCUGGACUGGGUGAUGAUCGUAGUGACCAUCUGCUCCUGUAUCUCCAUGAUGUUUGAGUCUCCUUUCACCAGGGUCAUGCAUGUACCCACUCUACAGAUAGGAGAGUAUGUCUUCGUCAUCUUCAUGAGUAUCGAGCUGAACCUGAAGAUCAUGGCGGACGGCCUGUUCUUUACUCCUACAGCCGUCAUCAGAGACUUUGGAGGAGUCAUGGACAUCUUCAUCUACCUCUGUAGUCUGAUCUUCCUGUGUUGGCUGCCUCCUAACGUGCCUCCGGAGUCUGGGGCUCAGCUGCUGAUGAUGCUGAGGUGUCUUCGCCCCCUUCGCAUCUUUAAACUGGUGCCCCAGAUGAGGAAGGUGGUGCGGGAGGUCAUCAAGGGUUUCAAGGAGAUUUUCCUGGUCUCCAUCCUGCUCCUGACACUAAUGCUGGUGUUUGCAAGCUUCGGCGUCCAGCUCUUUGCUGGAAAACUAGCCAAGUGCAAUGACCCCCACGUAUUCCUUCGGGAGGACUGCCAUGGAAUCUUCCGGAUCAACGUGAGUGUGUCUAAAAACCUCAAUCUCAAACUAAGACCAGGAGAGAAGAAGCCUGGCUUCUGGGUGCCAAGAGUGUGGGCCAACCCUCGCAACUUUAAUUUUGACAAUGUGGGUAAUGCCAUGCUGGCUUUGUUUGAGGUCCUGUCACUCAAAGGCUGGGUGGAGGUCCGUGAUGUCAUCAUUCACCGCGUCGGACCGAUACAUGGUAUCUACAUCCACGUGUUUGUCUUUCUGGGCUGUAUGAUUGGACUCACUCUGUUUGUCGGAGUGGUCAUCGCUAACUUCAAUGAGAACAAGGGUACUGCUCUGCUGACAGUGGACCAGAGGAGGUGGGAGGACCUGAAGAGUCGACUGAAGAUUGCCCAGCCUCUCCACCUCCCCCCACGCCCAGAGAAUGCAGGGUUCCGUGCCAAGAUGUAUGACAUCACUCAGCACCCCUUCUUCAAACGGGGUAUCGCUGUGCUGGUUUUGGCCCAGUCAGUGCUGCUGUCUGUCAAGUGGGAUGUAGAUGACCCAGUAACAAUGCCACUUGCUACCAUGUCAGUGGUCUUCACCAUUAUCUUUGUGUUAGAGGUGACGAUGAAGUUCAUAGCUAUGUCCCCGGCGGGGUACUGGCAGAGCAGACGAAACCGCUACGAUUUACUGGUGACAAUCCUGGGAGUCAUCUGGAUAGUCUUGCACUUUGCUCUACUGAAUGCAUAUACUUACAUGAUGGGCACCUGUGUGAUCGUCUUCAGGUUCUUCACCAUCUGUGGGAAGCAUGUGACUCUGAAGAUGCUACUGCUGACAGUCGUGGUCAGUAUGUAUAAAAGCUUCUUCAUCAUCGUGGGAAUGUUCCUUCUCCUCCUCUGCUACGCCUUCGCUGGAGUCGUCCUAUUCGGAACUGUUAAAUACGGAGAGAACAUCAACAGGCAUGCUAACUUCUCCACGGCAGGGAAGGCCAUCACGGUUCUGUUCCGUAUUGUCACGGGGGAAGACUGGAAUAAGAUCAUGCAUGACUGCAUGGUGCAGCCUCCGUUCUGUACCCCCGAUAAGCAUCGCUACUGGGAGACAGACUGUGGGAACUACGCAGGGGCACUCAUCUACUUUUGCUCCUUCUAUGUCAUCAUUGCUUACAUCAUGCUUAACCUCCUCGUGGCCAUCAUUGUGGAGAACUUCUCUCUCUUCUACUCCACUGAGGAGGAUCAGCUACUGAGCUACAACGACCUCCGACACUUUCAGAUUAUCUGGAACAAUGUGGAUGACAAGAGAGAGGGAGUGAUCCCAACAUCGCGGGUGAAGUUCCUGCUGCGUCUGCUGAGGGGCAGGCUCGAGGUAGACCUGGAUAAGGACAAGCUGCUGUUCAAACACAUGUGCUAUGAGAUGGAGAGGCUGCACAACGGAGGGGACGUCACCUUCCACGACGUGCUCAGUAUGUUGUCAUACCGUUCAGUGGAUAUCAGGAAGUCUCUACAGCUGGAGGAGCUGCUGGCUAGAGAGCAGCUGGAGUACACCAUAGAAGAAGAGGUGGCCAAGCAGACCAUACGCAUGUGGCUCAAGAAGUGCCUCAAACGCAUCCGUGCUAAGCAGCAGCAGUCGUGCAGCAUCAUCCACAGCCUGAGAGAGAGCCAGCAGCAGGAGCUCAGUCGCUUCCUCAACCCCCCCAGCAUACAGACCACCCUGCCUAGUGAGGACAUCAACGCUAACCAGGACCAUUCAACACAGCCAGAGUUGAGUGGUCUCCAACAGCUGCUGAGUCCUACUCUGUCAGACCGUGGGGGAUACAGACAGGACUCCUCAGAACGCCCUCAGAGGAAACUGGGCCAGUGGAGACUACCUGCAGGUCGUACCAGUGUCAAGUCCAUGGUGUGUAAGAUGAACCCUGUGAGUGACGAAGCCUCCUCGGGGUCAGAGGUCAAGAAAUGGUGGACGCGUCAGCUGACCGUUGAGAGUGACGAGAGCGGUGAUGACCUCAUAGAUAUUUAAAGGGGAAACUCUGAAAAUUCAACCACGCUCACAUAUCGAACGAGAACUAGGAUAGACAACUAUAGCACUGAGCGCUCAGUGUCAACACAGUACUCUGGUGGUUGAAACGUUUCUUGAAACGUUCUUUCAAGGUUUUUUCAAGCAUAUCCCAUUCGUACUUGACUGAUUGGGGAAGUGACAGCGUGGACAUCCUCCUCGCAAGUCUCUCCAUCAGCAGCCAUCUUACAUCUGUGGGACGUUAUGAUCAUUUUUUCCCCAAAAUGGUGGCUUGUGGACACAGGAAAAUGUCUCUUGGUUUGCAGUUAAGGCCAUUUCAAGAGCGUCGAUUGUUAGAAACAACGCUUUAGCUGUUUGGUUUAAAGACUCUAUAUGAAUGUACAAAGCCAAUCCCAUGACACCAUGAAUUCCUAUGUGAAGACUCAAUAGCCCAUUUGAAGCUCAAAAAGUCAGUUAAGGUGGCGUCUAUAGAAUACAUAACAUACGCAGUAUGAGCUACUCCAGGAAGUGAUAUUGCAGGAUAGGUCAGUGCUUCCCCAUCUCAUUGAGUAUCAAAGGUUAAAGUCGGACCGGGAUACUGCAGGCUGCAAUUUGCAACUAAAACGAGGCAACAAUAAACAAGUCGUCCCCCUUGGGCCAAUCCGUGUCAUUUUGUAAGUGAUGGAUCUGUAUGGCAAGACUCAUCAUUCACCUAAGUUUCAUCAAAAUCGGGCAAGUGGUAUCUGAGGUUUUGUGUGUGACUUAUGCACGUACACUUGAUUACUACAGUGCACCCUUUGGCCAAUCAGUGUAAUUUUGGAAAUGGCGGAUCUAUGUAGCAAGAUGCAUCAUUCACCCAAGUUUAGUCAAACUCGGGCCAGUGGUGUCUGAUAAAUCGUGUGGGUAAGCUAGACUCAUAUCCCUGAGCACGGGUGCCAAAUUUAAUCACUGAGUCAAACAGAUCAAGAGAUAUAAACAUGUACCUGUUAUUGCGCCACCGUGUAGUCGAUAUGAUUGUUCUUGCAUAUGUUGAGUUUAAACAGUGUUUGCAACAUGUGUACCAAAUAUUGUUACAAUACGGAUAUCCUUAACUGAUUUAAAUGCAUUUAUGUGCCAGACCAUGCCCGUGUGAAUGUUUAUUGGUCAAUAGCAGCAAAGUUGUUUUAGGUACUAGUCUGGAAAGGAAUGCGUUGAGGGACCUUUUCCCAAUGAUGUUUCGUGCAGAUCGGUCAUUCGGUGCCAGAGGAGAGUAGCGUUUUAAGGUCAUGUUUCGUGCAGAUCGGUCAUUCGAUGCCAGAGGAGUAGCGUUCUAAGGUCAAGUUUCGUGCAGAUCGGUCAUUCGGUGCCAGAGGAGUAGCGUUUUAAGGUCAAGUUUCGUGCAGAUCGGUCAUUCGGUGCCUGAGAAGUAGCGGUUUAAGGUCAAGUUUCGUGCAAAUCGGUCAUUCGGUGCCUGAGGAGUAGCGUUUUCAUUUUUUUUCUCACAAAAUUCUAAAUUGAGGAAAAUCCAUCAUGGCAGACUUUAUGGCUCCCUGAGGCAAAUUUUUUCCUUGUGAGGAGAGGGAUCUAUGUCCCGAAUUUCAUGACUUUAGGUCAAAUGGGGUUAGCGGUGUGACCAUUCAAAGAUUGCAUUUUCAAUUGCUUGUUGUAGCGCCACCAUCUGGCCAAUCAGUGUAAUUUUGUAAAUUACUGAUCUCUAUGGCAAGACGCAUCAUUCAAUAAGUUUUGUCCAAAUCUGGCCAGUGCUGUUUGAGAUAUUGCACAAUAUACGGAGACAGAUCCAGAGUCCCCCCUCCCCUUCCCGAUUUCAUCGUGGGGGUCAUUUGUCCUUAUAACUUCUUCUGUGUGCGAUUUUAAAACAAUUGGUUCAAGGACACACAUCUGGUGUAAUAGAAGCAAUUAUUGGUACCAUGAUUGUCUUCACAAAGAUUGCCCUUUUCCCAUUCACUGUAAGUGGAGAUCCUGUUUUCUGCAAACAAUGCCUGCAGUAUUGCGGUCGACCUUGAACUUUGUGGCUUCAAUGAGAGGGGGCAGUCGUUCUCCACUGGUUUUGGUGGCUCACAAGAACAUCAAACAAGGGCCAAUGCCUCAAUGCAGAGUUUUGGAACCACUGAUUUUAGAGUCCCAAUUGUCAUCUGUACUUUUCCAAGUUUCUUUUUUUCUAUGCAGGAAGUUUUUAUAGUGUCCAUUAAACAGAACCUCUAUGUGGUACCCUGUCACGACAACCUUUGAUUAGCAUCACUGUCCUUUCAGUUGUGAAUGUCAGGGAGUGUUUAUCUGGAAAUACAAAAUGAGAGUCAUAUAAAUGAUCAAGUCUACAAGCUACAGGACAUUGCGUCAUCUUGCUAUUAUAUCGUUUUAGGAGAUUAUUUUAUUACAAUAUAGCUAUACAAUACCGCACCAAAACAAUGGAUACAUAUUAUUUGUAUGUUGUCGCUAUAACUUUAAUUUAUGAAAUAUGAUGAUUGAAAUGCUUGAACUUUAUAGCUAUAAUUCCGUGUGAUUCCCCUGUUGUCUUUGUUAAUUGUGCCUGUGUCUCUCCCAGUCUCCAGUGUUUCAUUGUACACUUCCUGUCAGUUUGCUUAUAACCACUUACUUCUAUUCGAAUCCAGGUUUCAUGUUCUGUAGUAGAACAACCCAAAGGAAAAUAGUUAUAAUUAAAGGGUGAAAGGACAUAUGUUGGUACAUGACUGUGAAUGUUCUUUCAGAUUAAAUUCAUUUAUGUGUGUGGAAUUCUGUGGGCAGAAAUAUCAGAUAUAUUUGAUAAACUAUGGCAUAUAAAUCAAUUUUGGUUUGUUUGUACAGUAUUGCAUAAUUUCAAAUAAAGGCCUUUUGGCACCAACAGUGAGCUCCAAAAGUAUUGGGACAGUGACGUUUUUUGUUGUUGUUUUGGCUCUGUACUCCAGCACUUUGGAUUUGAAAUGAUUACAAAUCAUUUCAUCCAUAUCGGGUGAACCGUUUAGAAAUUACAACAUUUUAUGUACAUAGAAAAGGGGGAUACCUAGUCAGUUGUACAACUGAAUGCAUUCAACUAAAAUGUGUUUUUCGCAUUUAACCCAACCCCUUUGAAUCAGAGAGGUGCGGGGGGGGGGGCUACCUUAAUCGACAUCCACGCGCCCGGGGAAUAGUGGGUUGACAGCCUUGCUCAGGGGAAGAAUGACAUAUUUUUACCUUGUCAGCUCGGGGGAUUAGAUCCAGCAACCUUUCGGUUACUGGCCCAACGCUCUUACCCGCCAGAAAUGAAUGGUAAAUAAAGUAUUGUGUCAUUUUGGAAAUAAUAUACAAAUAAUCAUUAUUUGUAAAUAAUAAUAGAAUAUGUGAAUGCUACCAUGAUUACUGAUAAUCCUGAAUGAAUGGUGAAUAAUGAUGAGUGAGAAAGUUAGACUCAAAUAUCAUACCCCCAGUAUUUUUCUCUAACAUCAUGAUUCACGAUUAAUUCAGGAUCAUCUAUAAUCAUGGUAGCAUUCACGUUAAUUUAGAAGUGUAGAAACAUAUUCUAUACCCGUGACUCCAAAAUGACACUACGAAUUUACCUUUAAUUUCUAUUGGGCACAAAAUAAUAUGAAACCUGUGCUAGGAAUAUAGGACGAAAUACUGAACUUUUCACUACUUUAAUACAGAUAUGUGAUUUUGUCCCAAUACUUUUGGUUCCCUAAAAUGGGAGGAAUAUGCACAAAAAGUGUUGUAAUUUCUAAACUGCGAACCCAAUAUGGAUGGAAAUACCCUCAAAUUAAAGCUGACAUUCUGCAUUUUGUAUAAUUUAAAAUCCAAAGUAGUAGGUGACAAGCUCCCCGGUUUGAGUGUGUCAAGAACUGCAACGCUGCUGGGUUUUUCACACUCAACAGUUUCGGGGUGUAUCAAGAAUGGUCCACCACCCAAAGGACAUCCAGCCAAUUCGACAGAACUGUGGGAAGCAUUGGAGUCACAAUGGGCCAGCAUCCCUGUGGAACACUUUUGGCACCUUGUAGUCCAUGCCCUGACAAAUUGAGGUUGUUCUGAGGGCAAAAGGGGGUGCAACUCAAUAUUACUGUUUUGUACACUCAGUGCCAUUAUUACCUUCACUUUAUGAAGUAUCUUAUAUUCUUAUAUAAAAAUAUGAGGAAGGGGGCAGCACUGCUAGGGUAGACAGUAGGUCUUUGUAGAUAGAAUGUGCUAUUUGGUUAAAGGGGUAAAUUGAUCAUCAAAUAGAAAGGAGGAAUAAGGCAAACUUCAUAUAAAUUAAAAUGCCUUUAUUUGUAUGACAUGUUCAGUGAAACAAAGAUUUUUUGUAACUUUUAUUUAUCAGGGGGUCCUGCAGCACCCCUACAUCCCCCGGCUAUGUCUCAUUAUCUAUUUACGCAGCAUGCUCCUAUCAAUGAUAUUGUCUGAGCCUGCCAGCACACGAUGAGCUUUAAAAAAUGUUUUUUUAGCAUGUUUUAAUUCAUCUAAUAAAAUCAACCAAUCCAUCAUUCA